GGUACCAUGAACACCACGGGUCCUCACUCCUGCUUCCACCCCACAGGCUGCCAGGGAGACUAGUGGCGCCCAUCAUGCAAUUUCGACGCCUGACUCCUGGCUACUUCCGGAUUCUACAGAUGCAGGUGGCGGGGGAGCUGAAGGCAGAGCCCCGGAGUCCGCUGGCUGGGGUUGUCGCUACACUGCUGGCUGUCCUUGGACUGGGUGGCUCCUGCUACGCUGUCUGGAAGAUGGUGGGACAACAGCCACCACCACAGGCCCCAUGAAGAAGUGGGAAGCUUCUCACCUGUGCCCUGGGGGGUAGGUAACUUACCAGGGACUACAAUCUUGGGAUCCCGCUUCUUUCCUGCCCUCAUUGGAAGCGGUGCAGUAUAAACCUGACCCUACUCCCCACCUCUCCCUACUGCACCUGGGCUCUGCCUGGGGGCUCCGGCCUGGAGGCCAGGACCCCCCCGAGGAAGGCGAGGAUGCAGGUUCCAAAGUUAGACCAAAUAGGGAAUAGACACCCCAAGUCCUGCCCACAAUAGUAGUAGAGAAGUCAUCACAGGGCAGGAGUUAGGCAAGUGCCCUGCAGG